UUAAAUAAUCCGCCCCGCCGAUUGGACCAAUAAGCACGAUCAAAAGAAGCUUGCAAGAUUACAAACAAAUCAUGAUGAGCAUGAUAAACACAAGCAUAUCAUGAUGACGGGACAGAGUAUCAAAUUCCAUUUACAGUUUCCACAUUUUAUUUUUUUCAUUUAAUUUUUGAAACAAAUUAAAAGCUUAUUCUCACGGACAAAUACAGUCUAAAACUUAAUAUUUUUUAAAUAUAGCUUAAGUAUGCUAACACUGUUAAUAGCAGUAUUAUGAAAGAAUGAAUUCUAAUAUGAAUAGAAGUUUGGAAAAUACUUCGGUCAAAUGUUUGACUAAGAAUUGUGAUUUUUAUGGACGUCCAGAAAACAAUUGUUUUUGCUCAAUUUGCUUCAACAGUUUACCAAAAGUUAAAAGUAGCACAACCUGUAAUGUGCAAUGUGAAACAAAAUAUGUUGCCGAUUCUAACAGCGAUUUUAUUUCCAAUGUACAAAUACAACAAUCAACUCCUAUGCCAAUCACUUUUGAAAGGAUGUUGUUAGAAGCUAGACAUCUUGGUUUUACAGAACUGGAAAAUCAUCAAUAUGGACAUAUUGAGGAUCUGAGUCCACGUCAAAAACUCCUUUCCUAUAUGUAUCAGUCUUAUGACGCAAAUCGUUCUCCAUUAAAAACUACUUGCAUGAUAUUUGGACAGAGUGGUGUUGGAAAGUCCUCGUUUAUUAAUCAUUUGAUUGGACGUGAUUUAUUGAAAACCAGUUGUGUUCAAUCAGCAACAAAAGAUAUACAAGAGAUUGUUUUGACUAUGAAAGAGCCUUCACUUAAUGUUUCUAAUUUACAACUGACAUUUGUUGAUACUCCAGGAUAUUUUGAUGAUAAAGGUUACGAGCAAGAUAAAACAAACUAUAAUGCUUUAAAAGUCUAUAGACGAAAAUGUCUUAGUGAUUUUUAUCCCAAUCUUAUAUUUAUUGUAAUUCAAGGUACUGAUAAUCGGUUUUUAAAUGGUCCAUUAAAAAAGUUUCUUAAAAAGCUCAAAAAGCUUGAUAUAGUUUGUUUAUCAUAUCCCAAUGUUAUUUGCCUUUUUACUUAUGCGAAAAAUUUUUUGAAUGAUUCUAAAGAAAAUAUUGAGAUGAAAAAAGAAGGGUUAAUUAAUUUAUGCAAAGAAAUGCUAAGUGUAACAGUAACUGUGGCUUACAUUGAUAAUGAUUAUAAAGAUUUGAAAACUCAAGGAGACUGGACUGUACUGCCAGAUGGUACUCUUCAGCCUAUAAACGUAUUUGAUUGUGCAAAAAAGCUAAUGAAAGGUAAUCACUACAAACCAGAAGGAAAAAAGUAUAUUGAUCCUCUUGGUAUUAAAACCUUAGCAAGUUUUUUUAAAUCAUCUUCAAGUGGUUAUAAAAUUAAAAUUGAUGUGAGUAAUUUUCAUGAUGGAAUUAGCAAUGAUUUAAUGCCACAACCAUAUUCAGCUAAUCCAGAGAUUUUGGGUGAAAUAUUUGUUGGAAAAGGUUAUGAUGUUAUUUACGACAAAAUAAAAGAGUCCUGUAUCUUUGAAUUUGAAGAAUCAGAAGAACGUGAACAAAAUGUUAACAAAGCUUUUGUUAUCUCUAGUUAUGAAAAUGAAGCUUCAUUUUUUUUUGGAGCAGAUUCAGAGUUUAAUAUCACCCAACGACUAAAUGCACUUGGUUUAGGUGAUAAAGUAGAAGCUAAGUUUAUUUUAAGCAAGAAAACUGAUUUAAAUGAUUCGUCUACUCAAUCAAAGUUAUCAUAUCUUCGUGAAAUUAGAACUCACAAAUUGUGCAUACCUGAUACCACCAAACUCAAAUUGAGCAAAUUUUUUAAGGAAGCUGUUGUUACUCCUGAUUUUCCAACCCGUUUUGUAGCAAAUGAUCCUAAUGUUACAGAAUUUUUUAAGAAAUUUUUUGAGCAAUGGGGGCAUUACGUUGUGACAUCAGCGUAUUUAGGAGGGUCCAUUGAAAUUAAGAAAAUUUUUACAAACAACGUUGAACAAGAUUUAGUUGAAGCUCAACUAAAAUGCAACUUGAAUGUACUGGAAAACGGCUUUCAAAAUAGUUUAGACUGUGGUACAAUUUUGGGUCUAAAUCCAUCUUUAACAGAUAUAGAACUUAAUUGGAUUGGCGGUGUGUCAACAACGCAAAUUUCAAAUUUGAAGUACAUUGAAACAAUUGACUCCUCUAACCCAUUUAAAAUUUGGAAAGCCUCUUUAUCUUCAAAACCUUCUGUUUUAAAAACAAAAAUGAAACUUCAAUCUAUAGCAGAUUUUGUUUCUUCUAUAGACAAACGAAAAGGUGAAACUUGUCAAAUUGCUUUUAAGCAUUUGCUUGGUAUGUCAAAAACUAGGUCUUUUAUUAGAAUAAAUACAAAUAAUAGUGCUAAAGCACCUGAUACCCGCGACCGUGCUGCAAAUGAUGCAGAACCUGACAACAACAGUUGUUUCUCAGGAAAUGGAAAAAUAAUUGUAAUGAAAAGUUAUCCUGAAAUCAAGUUAAUCAAGGAAUUAAAUGUUGGCGAUAAAGUUUUAUCAUUUGAAAGCAAAACUAAGAAAUUUAUAUACUCCACAGUUUACAUGUUCGCACACAAAAAUGAUACAAAGAAAACGAGUUUUCUCAAAAUAAGUUGCAAAAAUGGAAAUUCUGUCACUCUUUCACCAAAACAUCUUGUUUAUACUGAUUGUUAUAAAGUAAAACAUGCAGAUCAAAUAAAAAUUGGUGACGGAAUUUGGACAACAUGCGCCAAUGAUUCUAAGUCAAUGAAUUUAUGCAAAGUUGAUGCAAUUGAAAUAACAGAAUCAGUUGGAUUUUACGCUCCUUUAACUAUGAGUGGAAAUAUAAUUGUAGAUGGCAUUUUAUCCAGCUGCUAUGCUAACGUGAUAGACUUCGCUUUACCCGGUUUCGGUAGAGUUUCUGGCCAAUUUAUUGCACAUUUUGGUACGGCUCCUUUGAGAAUAGCAUAUUUAGUUUUUCGAAAAAAAUUUCAAACCAACGAAGAAAUGCCAAAAUCUAUAGUGACUCUUAAUCGAAUUGGAACAAAAGCUAACUUAGUUUACCGACCGUAAUAAUAUUUUUCUAUAAUAAUGUAAAAGGUAUAAACUAGAUAAUAAACACUUUUAAUAUUUAUGAUAUAAUGAAUAUAAAUGAUUAUGUUUAAAAUUAAA